GAGAGAGAGAGAAUCUCGAUCAUAUAUUUUCUGCCCCUUAAAACGACAUCGUUUGAUAUUCAAUCGGCUCAAUCUCAGCCUUCUUCCCCAGAAAUUAGAGAUCACACACCACCAUCUUACUCAUCAAGAUGGAUUCACGAAGUUGCUGUUUCGCUUUCUCUCUCUUAAUCAUCUCUUCACUUCUCUCCCUGCACGCUCAGGCUGAUGGCAGUGGAUCAGUGUUCUUCCUUGAUAGUCCAUCGCAUCGAUAUAUUCGCUCUCAUUCGUCCUGUAAGACAGACCUGAUGUCGCUUAUGGAUGUUGGUGCUGCUAUGUCAGUUUUGCUAGGUUUUGCACCUUCACCAUUUCUCUCAGCAGACAGCUCAUCUAAGCUAAAUGAGGUGCUCAUGCCUAAUCCAUUUGAUAGACCUCGUGCUGUAUUUCUGCUUGAGGUUAAAGGAGCUGAAGGAUAUGCCGCAGCUUCUGGUAAUGAUUUAUUCAGUAAUGCAUUGAAAAGCAGGGUAAUGUGUGAAAAAAAUGAACUUGACAUUCAUCUUCCAGAUCAGGAUGACUUGUCUGUCGUCUCAUUAGAAGAACUCUCGACUUCUAGUUCAGAUACAGGUUUCAGCGACAAGGAGCUAAAUGAUUUCGCUUCAUGGUUGGGAGGAUCAUAUGUUGCUAGCUCUGUAAAAUCAUUUAGUGGCCAGUUGACUAUCCCCUUGAAGAAUGGAGAUCAACUGAAGCUUGAUAUGUUAGAGAAAGUGAACAGAGAGUUCAUUGAAAGUCUUCUAUCUCUUAUUCGUAAUAUUCAAAGGGCAAUUGAGUUGCAUCAAGAUUUGUCCGGAGAUACUCAUAACCCAGCUGAAUUAAUAACAGGAAGUUUCAAUGGAAUUGAGAUUUUGCAAGAGCAAUAUGGAAUAGAUGGUGUUGCUCAACAAGCAAUGGAGUUAGUUGCUACUGCAGUGUCCAAGAUAUUUGACUCCUUGCAGACAGCACACAAAGGUCAAAUUGUUGGAGUCAUUAUCUUCAAGAAUUCACCUUCUUCUGAAGAAGAUUCGAUAUUCAAUGUGAAGUUCACUUCACAUCCAGCAGCACGUUUACUAGAAGAGAAAAGCAGCGGACCGGGUACACUAAUAAUUGCAGAAGUGCUGCUGGUCAGACGAACCCUUGCAUGGCUAACUGGAAUCAUUCUUCUAAUUUCCACUCUCUUAGGGACUUACUUUCUUUUGUAUAUGCCAAUUACAAGAGAUACACUUCUCUAUUCCAAUGUGAAGCUUGAUUGAGGGGUAGCUGGAGCUGUGCAUCAGGAGGCUCAAUCAACCAGUAGAGGUCCGGGUUGUAAUUAUCGUUCAUGCUAUUAUAUCUUUAUAUCUUUAUUUUACAAACCAGUUAUCCCGCUUGAGCUCCUUGGUACUAUGGGAACCUGUUUCUGGUUCUACCGCGGUCAUCAUUGUUUAUCAAGUUCUAGCAUUUUUGCCUCGAGGGUUUUUAUAGUUAAAUGGGCUAGGGACUUCGUCACAGGUAAAGAAUGUGUACAAUGUCUAAUAAGGUGGCAAAAACGAAACGGAAGAAUGGUUGAUAGUAUGAACUUGUUAAGAAAUUUUAAAUAAUUUGUACCUCAGGGCACUGUAAUUCAUAUGUUUUCUGUUAUAUAUUUGAGCAAGCAACUCUUUUGUGCAC